UAAUAAAAAAAAAUAUUAAUAAUAAAUAAGAAAAGAAAAAUCAUUUUUCUUCGCAUAGAAGAGGUUAUAGUAACUGACAUUUCCUUUCUUCUGCUAUUCGCUUGUCUCAUCCUCGUCUUUGCUUCUCUCUCAAGCACGCAUCACAGGUCAUUUUAGAGGGCUUUCGAACGAAGAAUCCGAGCUUCCGUUUUUUUUCCAGAUUUUGUCUAAGGCUCUUGUUUUCAUUCUUCUUCAAUUUGUGGUGUUGCAGUGAACGUAAUCAAGUACUUGAAGCAACAUCAAGAUGGUUUCCUUUGAAAUGAAUGACCGCAAGAAGAUUGGGCUAGGAUUGACAGGAUUUGGCAUAUUUUUCUCUUUCCUGGGAAUCAUUUUCUUCUUUGACAAGGGAUUACUUGCAAUGGGAAAUAUCCUUUUCAUCUCAGGAGUGAGUCUAACUAUUGGGCCAAAGUCCACUAUGCAGUUCUUCAUGAAACGUCAAAAUUUUAAGGGAACUAUGUCAUUCGGUGCUGGCUUCUUCUUUGUUGUCAUAGGAUGGCCAAUUCUUGGCAUGAUUUUGGAAGCAUACGGGUUCAUUGUACUCUUCAGUGGCUUCUGGCCAACACUGGCUGUCUUUCUUCAGAGGAUACCUAUUCUUGGCUGGGUGUUCCAACAACCAUUUGUUAGAUCGUUCAUGGAUCGUUACCGGGGUAGAAGAGUUCCUGUGUAAAUGCAGAAACAGAGAGAAGUGCAACUGAUCUUUGAGUUGGUCCAUGUUCAAGUCCUGUAAGAAGAAAAAAAUAGUGUCUGGCUCAAGACCUAAUUUUUUUUUUUGGUUUAGAGAUGGAUGGUUGUGCAAUGUGCAAUUCUGGGAUUGAAGGGAAGUGCAACUAAGCUGCAGAUAGGUCCAUUUCCAAGUCCUUGUAAAAAUAUUUGUAGAUUUUGUUUGGUUCUGUUUGCAUGAUUGUAGAAGGCUAUUUUGAUUUGAUGACAAACCUUUUCUCUUUUUGAUUAAAGGAGGAGAAGAAAUGAUUUCAGGUUUUCUUAA